AUGGCCACCAAAGACGGCCCUAGACUUUUGACUCGGGAGGAAGUACAUGCAAAAAGGACUGCCGUUCUCGAGUGCUUGAAGAAGACUGAGGAGCACAAGUUCACCCAGCGCAUGGUUCAGCAUUUCAAGGAUGAGAAGCAGCCACUACCAGAACCAGUGCCAGUCACUCCGGAGCCGAUGAAGCCAAUGAGCAAGAGAACGUGGGAGAAGGAGUUUUACAACUACAAGUGUGCUGUCCGCUUUUAUGCGCAGUUGCACGACAAGAUGUUUCAGUUCGAGUCGGAGCUCGGUGAGGCCUCAGCCCGCGACCGGCGCCUAGCAGCGGAACUGGGGGCCAGUGAGGAGAGCCAGGUGCGCCUGAGGCAGGAGUUGAGCGCUGAACGGGUGGAGGCCGCAGAGGCCGAUGAGCGACUCGAGGCGGAGAUCGAAGCUGCGCUAUCCGAGGCAGAGGCGUUUGAGGCCGCAGCACAGAGGCGCCGCGAGGAGCGCGGCGAAGUGGAAGAGGAGGAAAAGGAGCAGCGUGCCGAGGCCGCUGCACGCCGAGCCCGCCUCAAGAAGAUGGAGGGAGCACAUGCUCCGGUGGCCGGACCGUCAGCUGCCGCGGCGCGGCAGAGCCCACCUACGCAGCCACGUCCGGGGCAAGCCAAGGAGGAGCCUCCUCGGCCGGAGCUGCCAGCAUUGUCUAGCACGCUGCGACGGCCCGAGGAGGCGCCUCGUCGAUCCGAUCCCGAGAAGUGGCAGGAGGAAGAGCCUCCACCAGCAGAAGCGGUUGCGCAGCAUCAAGAAGCAGACAGCCAGCCUGGCCUGGAGGAAGCGCCCGCAGAUGCCAUCGAGGAAGAUGGGUACACGAAAGAGGAAUGGAUGGAGUUUUUCAUUGAGGAGGGCCUCCCGUCAGAUCAACUGGCAGUUCUGGAGCAGAUCUUUAGCAAGCUCGACACGUCAGGAGAUGGCGUGCUCUCCGCCGAUGAGCUCAGCACGGCACUGAACGACCGAUCGCUGAAGAUGUCUGAGGAGACCCGGCAAGCGCUGGUGGACUUCAUGUACGAUGUGGCCUAA